GACACAAGAAGCGCGUUCAGUUGUAACACCUCUUGCUUUAAGUACGUCGAACAAGAAAUCACACCAAACAGAAAGAGAGAAACCCUAAUUUCUUACUAUUACCCUUCGUUUUCUUCAUUUCCAAAUAAUUCACCCCCAAAUUUCAACGACUCAAAUUCAAUUUCCCAAUUAGAAACCCUAGCUACUAUUAUUCUUCUACAGAAUUUGUAAAACGACGUUUGAAGAUGGUACCGGAAGCGGAAAUUAUAUGUCAACAGAGUAUUUCCAUGUUGGAUGUGAAGUAUCACCUUUGUGUAGCACAAGAACACAUCGUCAAAGUUGAGGUUUCACCCACCUCUCCUACUCCUUCUGUCCCAAUCUUUGCCCAUGCUGUGAGUUGCUCUGAGAUCAUUAAAGAUUCCAUGAUGGAGACCCCUGCAAAAAUGUUUAUCCCGAAUGUGCGUUCUGGCAGCUAUGCUGAAAUAGGGCCGCGGGGAUCUAUGGAUGAUGAACACAUUCAGAUAGAUGAUCUAGCUUGCCACCUUGGAUUUGUGUUUAAGUACCCAAUACCGAGUGCGUUUUAUGCAGUUUUUGAUGGGCAUGGAGGGCCUGAUGCUGCUGCCUAUGUUAAGAGGAAUGCUAUGAGAUUAUUUUUUGAAGAUGCUGAUAUGCUGCAAUCAUAUGAUGAUGAUACUAAUACAUUAUUUCUAGAGAAGUUGGAGGAUUCUCAUCGGAGAGCUUUUAUACGGGCGGAUCUUGCCUUGGCUGAUGAACAAAGUGUUAGUAGCUCAUGUGGGACUACGGCACUGACUGCCCUUGUACUUGGAAGGCAUUUGCUUGUUGCUAAUGCUGGUGACUGUCGUGCAGUUCUUUGCAGGAGAGGUGCAGCUGUUGAGAUGUCUCAAGAUCACAGGCCAAGUUAUUUACCUGAACGAAGGAGAGUGGAGGAGUUAGGUGGUUUCAUUGAUGACGGAUAUCUCAAUGGUUAUCUCUCGGUAACCCGUGCUCUUGGGGAUUGGGACUUAAAAUUUCCACUUGGUGCUGCAUCUCCUCUUAUUGCUGAGCCAGAUGUUCAACUGGUUACAUUGACAGAAGAGGAUGAGUUCUUGAUCAUUGCGUGUGAUGGGAUUUGGGAUGUAAUAUCUAGCCAAGUUGCAGUCAGUCUUGUUCGCCGUGGAUUAAGAAGGCACAGCGACCCACAUCAAAGUGCCAGAGAGCUAGUAAAGGAGGCACUGCGCCUAAAUACAUCAGAUAACCUCACUGUGAUUGUUAUAUGCCUGUCACCCAUUGAAAGCAUUGCCGAAUCAUGUCCGCCCCAAAGGAGAAGAUUCAAAGCUUGCAGUAUUUCUGAAGAGGCUCGAAAUAGAUUGAAGAGCCUGAUAGAGGGAAAUUGACUGUAAAUGCAACUUUUGUGAUUUACAAAUGUUUCUUUCAUUAAAGAUUAAUCUGUUUUUUUAGGCUGUUUCAGUGAUCUAGAAAAACAGUCGGCAGUUUUGUAGGGAUAGAAAGGUAUACUGUAUUUGGUGAGAUGUAGAGAGGUUUAGACCUAUUUAAUUUGAGGGAUGUAUCUGAGUUAUGUUGGUAUUUUUAGAGACAGUUGUAGCUAAAUUUUGGCGGAGUAGAUAUAAUCCUCAUCAAGGUGGUUUUGAUCUCACAUUGUUGAUUGUUGAUUCUAUAAAUACAAACGUUAAGACUUGUAAGCAGUAUUCUUGGUGUGCAUGCCACCAAAGUUCAAUGCUCUUAUCAAUUUUUAUCCUUA